AGCGGGGUGAUGUAUUAACAUGGCGUCAAUGGUUGCUAUUUUGAGCAGGGCCGUGGGAUUUGAAAAACAUUAUGUCUAACAGAACCAUGGAGGUAGCUAAACAAUAAUCCAAAAUCAACUUAAGAGCCUGAAAGCUUUUGCUGACCUGCCUCUGUCGUCGUCCUCAGCGUGGUGUUAAGUCCACCAGCAGGACAGGAGGGAUGGACGAGUCCAAAAGUCCAGUAAAAACAAAACUGUCUCAACCGAGGGGACCCAAAGCUUCGUCCGCUGAGAAGUCUAAUAAAGAGGCUCCUGCGCAGAGAGAGGCUCCCAAGUCUACAACCCGCAGCAAAGAAAACCUCACUGCUACAAAGGAUGAACAUAAUAUAGGCAGUCAGGGAAGCCGCGGGCCAGGCAAGACCUUCACAGACAUUCCCCAGGACAAGAGGAGAGGACGGCCCCCCAGGACAACAAGACUGACUGGAAGAACAAGUUCAGGGGAGAGGGGGAAAGGCAAAGCUCCAGGCUCCCAACAGAAGCUGGUGGCACACGCUCCGGACUCCAAUGUGUCUUUAUCUGCAGACAACAGCCCCUUGGCAAACAGAGAAACCAGCUUUCCUGUAGGGCAUGCUACACGUAAAAAAGACUUCACAGAGCAGGCCAGAAGCUCAAGUGCAACUCCAGCAAAGGAAAAGUCCUAUGGGGGGAAAGCUGCUGCGUUGAUGCAUCAGCCUGUUGAAGAGGUGAGGCCGACUGUUGAAGAAGGGCCCCUGACAGAGCAACAGCUGGGCCUCCGACAGGCAGAGGAGCGCCUCUACAGAGACUACAUCCAUCGCCUGCUGAAACAGUCCAUCGAGUACCCAAACUAUCAAUACUUAUGCAAGCUCUGUUCGGUGCACAUCGAGAACAUUCAAGGAGCACACAAACACAUCAAGGAGAAGAGACACAAGAAGAACAUCAUGGAGAAACAGGAGGAGAAUGAGCUGCGUUCCCUCCCCCCCCCCUCUGCUGCCCAGAUGAGGGCCUUGGACGCAGCAGUCCUGGAAACAGCUACACAGUAUGGCAUCUCAGAGGAGGACUUCGAGGUUCGGAAGGCCUUGGUCAUCAAGAUGGAAGAGAUCAUAAAGAAGCACCUCUCAGCUUGUGCUCUCCGUCUUUAUGGUUCAUGUCUUACCCGAUUUGCCUUCAAGACGAGUGAUAUCAACAUCGAUGUCACCCACCCCUCCUUAAUGACACAACCUGAGGUCUUGAUUCAAGUGCUGGAAAUCCUCAAGAAAAGCUCGGAGUUUUCUGAGGUCGAAUCAGAUUUUCAUGCCAAAGUUCCUGCUGUGUUCUGUCGAGAUGUUAGCAGCGGCCUGAUGUGUAAAGUGAGUGCCGGUAACGACGUGGCCUGGCUCACCACCAAUCACAUGGCUGUCCUGUCUAGACUGGAACCCAGGUUGAUCCCUCUGGUGAUGGCCUUCCGCUACUGGGCGAGGCUGUGUCACGUUGACUGUCAGUCUGAAGGAGGCCUCCCCUCGUACUCCUUCGCCCUUAUGGUCAUCUUCUUCCUGCAGCAGAGGAAACAGCCCAUCCUCCCUGUCUACCUUGGCCGCUGGAUUGAAGGCUUCGAUGUGAAACGUGUGGACGAGUAUCACCUAACUGGAAUUUCGCUGGACUCGUUUGUCCGGUGGGAGCGCAGACCUCCGAGCUCCACGGACAACCGAAAUGACAACCGAGGAGAAGGCAGACCCAAACCAGAGCAGAAAAAAAUCGAUGACUCUCAUUUCUCAGAAGGCUUGACGCGCCUCACCUUGGACAUGGGUAAAGAUGUGACGCUGGGUCAGCUGUGGUUGGACCUCCUUCGUUUUUACACACUGGAGUUUGCUCUUGAAGAACACAUCAUCAGCAUCCGCUUGAAGGAGCUCCUCUCUAGGGAGGGGAAGAACUGGCCUCGCCGCAGACUCGGUAUUGAAGAUCCUUUUGCCUUGAAGAGGAACGUCGCACGAAGCUUGAACAGCCAAAUGGUGUUUGAGUACCUCCAGGAGCGCUUCCGUACGGCUUACAAGUACUUCGCUUGCCCUCAAAGAAGGGGCUGCGGGGGGCGCCAGAGAGGCAAGAAGGGAGGCAGGCAUGGAGCAAAGUUAGAGGAGGUUGACAAGAAUCAAGAAGAUGAGAAAGUUGAAAGAGGGUUUAAAGAAGACGAGGAGCCUGACAGUGACGAUGCAGAUGGAUCCUAUCCGUCCAGAAAGAAGGAUGAGAAGACUUUAGACACCAGGCUCACAGACAUGGUUUUAAAUGAGGGGUGCAAACCCUCCCUCUGCCCCAACGGCCUGCUGGACAGUGACAAUGAGGGAGAGGAAGAGGAAGAGGAGGAGGAGGAAAUAAGUGUUUCAGAUAAAGAAGGGCCUUUUCUACCUGAGGAUCUUCACUAUGUGUUUGAUAAGAUGAUUUUCACCGGUGGAAAGCCUCCAACUGUCGUGUGCAGCUUCUUCACGGAGCUCUGGUAUGGCCGUCGUUUAGGUGCUAUUCUUUAA